AUGCGGCAUAAUCGAUAUGAAGAUUGCCGCCAGAGGCAAGAUGAUAGGCACCUAGAAGCCCACUCUUAUGAACCAAGUUAUCCCACUCAAUCAUGCGGUUCCAAUUCUCACAACAAGAAGUCAUAUGACAGGCAACUAGUUCGCCCGAAUAAACACCCAUCUAGUUCUAGCUCAUUCAAAGUCCUAGAAUAUAACCUCAGUGUUGAGCCCACCCAGCUGGUAGCAAUCAUGAAAGGUAUGGGGCUAACUGUCAAGUGGCCAGUGAAGUUAGACUUAGACGUCAAGAGAGUCACCUCCGAGUGGUGUGAAUUCCACAAUAAUCAUGGACACAAUAUAGCUGAUGGCAUUGCCCUGAGACUGGAGGUCGUAGCAUUACUAAAGAGAGGGCACCUGAAAGAUCUGCUAACUGACAAGGGGAAACAAACCAUGAAUCAAAGAAACAACAAAGAGUGGUCUCCCACUCCCAAAGAUCCAAAACCCAAGGGCUUCUGCAGCAUCAUAUCUAGGGGUUUAGUAAUUAGUGAGGUUAGUUAUUCAUCAACAAAGAGACAUGCCCGAGCCAAUCAAUAUCAAAAAGUUAGUUCAACUCAUCCACCAAAAAAAACAUCAUCAAAACAAGUAAUCCAGUUUGAAGAUCAUGAUCUUGUCACCCUGACCUCCAUGCAUCAUGACGCCGUAGUGAUUAGCUUGCAGAUCGCCAAUAUCCUCAUCAGGAGAAUUUUUGUAGAUGGAGGAUCUUCAGCCAACAUACUCUUUCUUGAAGCAGUGAAGCCGAUGGGAUUAAACGAAGCUGACAUAAACAUGUGCCCAACCAUCCUAGUCAGAUUCAGUUCAGAGCAGAAGUAA